CAAAAAAUUAUUCUCUCCUGGAACUAAAACAGAAGGCAGACCCAUCAUUCAGUAGCCAACAUAUGAUUCAGCUUAGCUUGCAUGAAGAAGUUAAAAAGUCCAAAAGCUACCAAAAAAGGGCUCUUGAAUUAGAGGGCUGCCUUUUUAACCCUCCUGAAAUGCCUGCUGAGAGCUUUCUGAGAGCCAUGCCUGCUGCAAGAGGAGUAACUCUGAAAUAAGAGAGUGGUGGUGACUUUCAGGUGACAGCCAGCAAGCAUUCACUCUCUCUAUCCAGGAACAUCUUUCAUUCAACUAAAGAGCAUAUUUGGAAAUAUGCAGUUACACACUACUUUGCUGCUGUUGCUUUCUCUGACCAUUGUCCAUGGUGGUGAUGGGUUUUUUUCUGAACAAUAUCAAAAACAAUCCAGCGUGAAGGGGCCACCACGCUUCUUACCAUUUAAUGUAAAAAGUCAAGGUAUACAGAUGAGAGGAGAGCAAGGACUUCAAGGUCCACCUGGCCCUGCUGGACCAAGAGGAUACCCAGGCCCCGCAGGGAAGCCAGGGAUUGGAAGUCAAGGUCCUCAAGGGCCCCCUGGUCCCCCAGGACCACCCGGAUUUUCUGCUGUUGGAAAGCCAGGCAUGCCAGGUUUGCCAGGAAAGCCAGGAGACAGAGGAUUAACUGGUGAAAAAGGAGAGGCUGGACCCCUCGGGCCCGUCGGACCAAGAGGGCCACAAGGGCCACCUGGAAUUCCCGGCCCUGCUGGACUUUCUGCUGUUGGCAAACCAGGACCUCAAGGACCACCAGGAGUGCAAGGGCCAAGGGGGCUCACAGGAGAGAAGGGAGAACCAGGUAUUCCUGGUAUGAAUGGGCUAAAAGGAGAAAAUGGAUAUGGAGUUCCAGGUCGCCCAGGUGACAAAGGGCUUCCAGGACCACAGGGACCCCCAGGCCUCCCCGGACCUGCUGGGUUAGGGAAGCCAGGUGAAAAUGGGCUUCCAGGUCAGCCAGGAGCAAAAGGUGAUCUGGGUUUACCAGGUGCACCAGGACCAGCAGGUAUCCCAGGCCACCAAGGUCCUCCUGGGGAACCUGGAACACCAGGAGUAGGAAAGCCUGGACCAAUGGGACCACCAGGAUUAGCAGGGAUUCCUGGAGCAAAAGGAUUACCUGGGCCUCCAGGCAUGCCUGGAUCUUCAGGUCUCCCAGGAUUUGGAAAGCCAGGGCUACCAGGUAUGAAAGGACACAGAGGGCCUGAAGGCCUCCCUGGUGUUCCAGGCAUGAAAGGGGAGCAAGGCCCAGUUGGUGUGCCAGGAGAGCCAGGGCCAGCUGGACCACCUGGAAACAUGGGACCUCAAGGACUCAGAGGGCUAGCAGGUGAAAAUGGCCUACCUGGGCCUAAAGGGGAUGUAGGCCCUUCAGGUCCUGCAGGAUACCCAGGACCUAAGGGUGACAGAGGUCUACCAGGAUUAGAUGGAAAACCAGGAUAUCCAGGGGAACAAGGUCUUGCAGGUCCUAAGGGGCACCCAGGUUUGUCAGGACCAAAAGGUGACACUGGUCAUGCAGGGCCACCUGGCCUCCCUGGUCCAGUGGGUACACCAGGAAUUAAAGGAGUACCAGGAAUUAAUGGUGAGCAAGGCCCAAGAGGACCUUCUGGAAUACCUGGUAUAAGAGGUCCAAUUGGACUUCCAGGCAUUCCAGGUGUUCCUGGUGCUAAAGGGGAACCAGGGGCACCUGGAUUGCCAGGCCCAGCUGGUAUUGCUACAAAAGGUUUGAAUGGACCCAUGGGGCCGCCUGGUCCCCCAGGCCCAAGAGGCAAUAAUGGAGAGCCUGGGCAACCUGGCCCACCAGGUCCACCAGGUCCUCCUGGCCAAUCAGUAUUGCCACAGAUGCCAGACAGUUACAUAAAAGCAGGAGAGAGUCAAAGUCUAGCAGGAGUACCUGUUAUGAAAGGAGGAGUAAACCAAGGUUUAACAGGCAUGCCAGCAUCAGCUUUCACUGUCAUUCUUUCCAAAGCCUAUCCUGCAGCAACUGUCCCUAUCAAAUUUGAUAAAAUCCUAUAUAACAGGCAACAACACUAUGAUCCCAGAACAGGAAUCUUCACCUGUAGAAUCCCAGGACUUUAUUACUUCUCUUAUCACGUACAUGUAAAAGGAACAAAUGUGUGGGUUGCGCUAUACAAGAAUGGCUCGCCAAUCAUGUACACCUAUGAUGAGUACAAGAAAGGAUACCUUGAUCAGGCUUCUGGAAGUGCUGUCAUUGAUCUCAUGGAAAAUGAUCAGGUCUGGCUACAACUGCCCAAUUCCGAAUCAAAUGGCUUGUAUUCCUCUGAUUAUGUUCACUCUUCUUUCUCAGGAUUCUUAUUUGCUCAUAUGUAAUAACUACCUUUCUAAAGCUAUCCUAAUACUUGCCCCUUCACACAAUUUGAAUUAGGCCAUGAUCUGGCAGCUAUGACAGAUCUUGCAAACUGCAAUUAUUUAAAAAAAAAUAUCAUGAUAAAAAAGACAGACAGAGAGAGCAAGAGUAAGAUUGGUUCAGAGGAACUUUGUAUGUUUUUAGAAGUUUGUCAUAGAGAUUUAUUUCAGAAGACUCUGUAAUAAGGGCAAAUUUGCUGUCCUACCGAAUACAACAUUAAAAUAUGUUAAUAUAUGAA